AUGUGUAGCUUAUUGACAUGCGUCGACCUCUGUCUGUCUCUAUUCCAUAUUUCUGUCUCUUCCAGAACUGAAGGUCCUCCUGAUCAGUCCAAGAAGGCAUUGAAAAAGCAACAGAAAGAAGCAGAAAAAGCUGCCAAAAAGGCUGCCUAUAGACAACAAAACCAGGCUCAACAGCAGCAGCAGCAGCAGGAGGAAAGUGGAGAUGAUGUCUCAUUGGGUCACUAUGGGAAUUUACCAAUUAUUCAGUCUACUGAGAAGCCUAAUCGACAACUCUUGGAUGUCAAACAACUGACCCCUGCUUUUGCUGACCAAAAGGUGUGGGUUCGGGCCAGAUUGCAGACCAGCCGCAGUAAAGGAAAGCAAUGUUUCUUUGUUUUGCGUCAACGUUAUUGGACAGUCCAAGCUCUUGUUGCUGUUGGUCAAGAUGUAAGCAAGCAGAUGGUCAAGUUUACAGCAGGGAUCAACAAAGAAUCCAUUGUUGAUAUCGAGGCUUAUGUACGAACUGUACCCCAGAAAGUCGAAGCCUGUACCCAGCAAGAUGUGGAACUUCAUGUCCUUCAGGUGUGGGUAGUGAGUACAGCUGCACCCCAACUUCCAAUGUUGGUUGAAGAUGCUGCUCGGCCAGAGACUGAUGUAACUGUUUCUUUUUGCCGUCUCUCAAGCUGUUUCCUUUUCUUUCUCACCUUGUUUCCUUUUUCUUCUCUCUCUCACUCUUUCUUAAUGAGUUCACUUCCCCCUGAUUUUCUCUCAUUCUGUUUCCUUUUCCCUCUUUUUCUGUUUCUUUUUCCCCUCUGUCUCUCAAUAUGUUUCCUCCCUCCACUGUCAACCAGUUUCUUUCUCCCAUUUCACUCAACAUGUUCCUAUUAUCCUUUCUUUCUCUCAGUGCAUUUCUUUUACCCCUCCCUCUCUCUCUCACUCACUUAA